CUGUCAUCCUCCGCCGCGGUGUGGACAUUUGAAUGAGAAACAUGGAAGUAAAAUGAUUUUAAAUCACGACAGAUUUAUUCUGGACUGAAAUAGUUUUUUUUAUCACGUUUGACUGUAACAACUUAGGAGACGCAAGCUUAACCGGCAAACGCUAUGGAUGACUGUGCUAUUUUCACCUACACUGAUAAAGAUUUUGUAAAUAAUGUUUCUUCGCCAAAUAAAAGCAGGUCCAGAUUUGACACCGCUCUGCGAUCGGGAUGGGCUGAAAAGAUGGACGCUGGGUUGUUUCGGUACCAUCUUGGUGAUCUGGAGACACGGAUCCUUCCUGGUCCGUGUGGCUUCAUCGCUCAGCUGAACAUCAUGAGAGGCACCGAGAGACGAAAACCGCAGGAGAUCGUGAGCAUCCGACAAAACUUUGAUCCGAACCUGUUCAAUUUCAACAAGAUCAACCCGAAAGAGCUGCUGUUUGAAUUACAGAAGGUUAAUACUAAAGCCACAAGUGAAGUAAGAUGUCAAAGUGGUCCAAAAAUGAGAUGCAAAAUCAUAAUAAACGUGAGUCCUUUAGAAUUCGGCCACUGUUUGUUGGUUCCCGAGCCGGAUCGAUGUCAGCCCCAGAUACUGACACCUUUGGCGGUGCAAAUUGGGAUCGAGGCGGUUCUGCUCAGUGCUGAUCCAGGUUUCAGAGUCGGGUUUAACAGCCUAGGUGGUUUUGCUUCCGUCAACCAUCUCCAUCUCCAUGGUUAUUACCUAAACCAUCAACUGAGACUUGAGAGCUCCCCGACGGAAAAGAUUCUCCUCAAGAGUAACCUCUACCGCCUGGUGGACUUUCCAUCCGGGUUUCUCUUUUACACCCAGGGUCCAGAUCUGGGUUUGACGAUCAGUGCUGUAUGUAAACUCACUGAUAUCAUGGUUGAUAAGAACAUAGCACAUAACCUCUUCAUCACCCGAGGUUGCCCGCCAAACAGGAAGGGUGACCCGUCAUCAGCCCGAAACGGCGUAAGGAUCGUUAUAUGGCCCAGAUUGUCUUGUUUUGGGGUAAAGGAAGAGUCUGCUUUCAAUGUGGCCCUAUGUGAACUCGCAGGGCACCUUCCUUUUAAGAACAGAAAGGACUUUGAAACUAUUACUGAGGAUGAAGUCAAAGCUAUCAUCCGGAAAUAUCUGCUGUCUGAAGAAGAAUUCAGUAAAUUGCAAAUGCAUGUCAUGGAAACAUUAUAGACUGUCACAAAGUAGCAUAAUAGAUAAUAAAUGUUAAUGUAACUUAUAUAUACUGUGGUGCAGGCAUCAAAUUGUGCAUUAAAUUCAUGUUUACUUUAUAUAAUGUGGCGUAUUUUUUAUACGUAUGUGGUUAAAUUGUGUUUACGCAAUUUGGUCGUUUCUCAAUCCGAAGGACAAGUUACAUAUGCGGACUGCAUACGUCAUCCAGCCUGGUUUAUUUAUGUAAUAUACCUGAGCAUUACAUUCGCAAGUUAUAAGCAUUUACUUUACAACAAUUUACGAUUAACUAAGAAAAAUAGUCAACUUUAUAAUUGAUAGCAGCCUUCGCAUUGUGAAACGGCUACUGACUGAGAAUAUAAGGCUUGUUCGACUUCAUAUUGCGCUGUAAGAACUGACAGGCUGGUGACGUCAAAAUACUGCGAGAGCGAGUCGAAAUUAUACUUCUCUCGACCCGCUCUCGCGGUACUUUGACGUCAUCCAGCCUGUUGGUUCUUGUAGCGCCGAAUGAAGCAUUCCACAUCGCUAUAGCGCCCUCUAGUGGUUUGUGGAUGUAAAUAGUUUUAGGUUAAUUUGAUAAAACCUUGCAAUUAUUUGUUCACUUCAUUCAUAUAUUCAAUAUUAAAUAAUAGUCUAAACACUUUAUGAGUUGGCAGUUGUUUCAAUAACGAAAUUACAUCGGAAUGCAUCUUUUGUAUUUGCAGUGCAAUACUGUAUAAACAUCAUUUAUGAUCAUGUGCACAGGUUUUUGUUUUUUUUUACAAAAUGUUCCACAGUGUUUUCACGUGAACCGAAGCGUGUAAUUUCAGUGUUUCACAUAUUUCCAGUACCUGUUACUGGACACGUUUUCUCUGAAUCGGUCAUUGAAUCCGAUCAGAUGAGAUUGUGAUGAAGAGAAUAAAGCAAGUUAUGGUAGGCUACUAUACAUGACAUGGUGUUUACACCUCCUCCAGCUAACAGUUAUUGAGGUGCCACUGUGGUGUAAAUUUCCCACUUACAAAAGGGGCUUGACACAGAAGCUGAAUUGAUGCUGAAAAAACAUUUGAUCUCCUCUUUUGGCUCAUUAGUUAUUCAAAAGGAAUUUCACCUGAAUGCUUUGUGCUUCAGAAAGAUGGCAGAGGGUUAGCCUGUGCAGUAAAAAUAAUUUACUAUUUGAUACUAAUGAGCUCUUUCACUAUUUUAC